AUGAAACCUCGAACAACAAAAUCAAUAAAAAAAGAUAUAAAAAAGAACAAAAAACCAAAAGAAAAUGGAAUAUCAGCAUCGGAACAACAUAAAAAAGAUUUAGCUGAUUUAGCAAAAGUUGAUCCUGAAUUCUAUAAAUUUUUAAAAAAAGAAGAUGCUGAUUUACUUGAUUUUAAUGAUGACGAUGAUGAAUCUAUUCCGGAUGAUGAUCCCGAACAACAAAUUCAUCAAUUACCUGAACAACUUGUUGAAAUGGAACCAUUCUCUGAUGAUGAAGGUGAAGAUGGUGAACCAUUAAGUAAAGAAGAACAACAACAAGUUACAAGUGAAACAAUUGAAAAAUGGUCUAAUCAACUUCAAAAAAGUCAACCAACAUUGAAUACUAUUCGACAUGUAAUACGAGCUUUUGGUUUUGCUGUACAAUCAGCUUAUGGUGGUAAUAAUGUAUCAGCUGAUAUUGAUAAAAAAAUAAAGAAAAAGAAACAAAUAACAACGGGUGCAAUCGAUGAUCCAGAAUCAUUUAAUGCAAUUGUUCGUGUAUGUCUUAAACAAUUAUUACCAGCUAUCUAUCGAUUUCUUCGAAUAAAAAUUGUUGCAACAAGUAAAUUAAAACCAGAAACAAGUUCUAAUUGGAAAUAUAUUGAAAAUAUUAUGAAAAAAUAUUUACUUCAUUUUACACGACUCAUAUCAAUGAUUAAUGUUCCAAAUACAUUGAAUAUUCUUCUUCGACAUGUUCGUUCUCUUAUACCAUUUGUUAUUGUUUUACCUAAUACUCGUCAAGCACUUGUUAAAGAAUUAAUAAAUAUAUGGUCAACAUCAUCAGAUGAACGUAGUCGUGUUAUUUCAUUUGUUUGUUUAUUUCAUUUAGUACAUGAACAUCGAAAAGAAAUGAUUGGUGUUGUUUUACGAAAAAUGUAUUUGGAUUAUUUAAAAAAUUGCAAAUUUACAUCACCAACAACACUUCCAUUGAUAAAUUUUAUGCAAAGAUCUUUAGUUGAACUUUAUUCACUUGAUCCAACAGUUACAUAUCAACAUGGUUUUGUUUUUCUUCGACAACUUGCUGUUUAUUUACGUACAGCUAUUCAAAAUAAAAAACAGGAAAAUAUUCAAAGUGUUUAUAAUUGGCAAUUUAUUCAUGCAUUAAGUUUAUGGACAAAUGUUAUCGGUGUUUUAUAUGAUAAUAAAGAAAAAUUAAUUCAACAACUUGUUCAUCCACUUACAGAACUUAUUAUCGGUACAAUUAGAUUGGUACCAAUAGCUCGUUAUUAUCCAUUACGAUUUCAUUGUAUACGUCUUCUAAUUAAAUUGACUCAAUUAACAGCUGUAUUUGUACCUGUAUUACCAUUUUUACUUGAAAUGUUUGAUAUAACUGAUUUCAAUAAACGUCAUAAGACAGCUUCUCUCAAAGCACAAUAUAUCAAUUUUGAUACAUCAUUAAAAUUAACAAAAUUACAAAUGGAUGAUCGAGCAUAUAAAGAUGGUUUAAUGGAUCAAUUUUAUGAACUUGUUAUGCUUUAUCUUGUUCAUUAUGCUCAUCAUGUUACAUUUCCUGAACUUGUUUAUCCAUUAAUACUUAAAUGUAAAAAAUUCAUUAAAGUAUGCAAAGUACAAAAUUUUGUCAAAGUUAUUCGAGGUUUAUUAGAAAAAGUACAAGAAAAUGUUAAUUUAAUUGAAGAACGACGACAAAAAACAGGUUUAAAUGUCAAAGAUAUAAAACAAAUGGAUAAUUGGCUUGAAAAAAGUCGUCAAGAAGUAACAACAAGUCCACUUGUUGUUCAUUUUCAACGAUAUAAAUCAUUACGACAACGUGAAGUUUUAGAAGAUAUUGCACAAAAAGAAAAAAUAUCAACAUUAGGUCGAACAUCAUUACCCGAUUUAAUUCGACCUGAACGACAAGUAGCUGCAAAACAAAAUUUCAAAUCAAUGAUUGAAAAAGAAUUUAAUGAUAAUGAAGAUGAAGAAGAAGAACUUUUUCAAAUAAAAACGAAAAGAAAACAUGAUGAUAUUGAUGAAGAACAAGAAGAGCAAGAAGAAGAAGAAGAAGAAGAAGACGAUGAUGAUGAGGAAGAAGAUGCGUCAACAAGUCCACCAGCAAAAAAACGUCAAGCGAAAAUGAUCAAUGGUGAUUCAUCAACUCCGACUACUGAUGAAUUUCUUUCUAUUGUUAAAAAGAAAUUUGAUCGUCGAAAAGAUCGUGUUAAAACAUUGUCAGUGGAUGAUUUUUAA